AUGAAGUCGUUUACAUUGCGCUCAGCGCUUACAACCUCGGCGUUGCUCCUCGCCGCUGUUUUCCCAUCCGUCAAAGCCGAUCCUACAAUGGUAAAAGAAGGGUGUUUCAGCGAUGCCACGCCAUUGGAAGACCAAGGCCCAUACACAUACCAGAGUAACGGGUACUGUCAAACGCUCUGUGUGAAGAGCAACUAUCUUGUCUUUGCGCUGACGAAGGGAUCGAACUGCCUCUGUGGAAACCAGCUCCCUGCACAGUCGGCUGAGACGACGGAUGACAAAUGCAAUGUCAAGUGUGCCGGUUGGCCUGAUGUCAUGUGUGGCGGUGCUAAUGCAUUUUCCGUCUACUUGACCGGAAUCAGCGCCAAGGUCCCGUACUACUCCAGUGCUCCCGAAAGCACCAACUCGAGCUCGACAUCGACAACCAUCGAAGGGUCGACCAUGACCACUGGUAGCCAGGGUCAAAUCGUUACAGCAGGUGAGCAGACAGUAUUCGUGACAUCGCCAGCCAAUCAGGCUGGCACGACCAUUUCCGCCGACCCGGAGAAGAAGCAGUCGGACGGCGGCCCCAACACUGCUGCUAUUGCCGCUGGUGUUGUUGUCGGCGUUGUUGGAUUCUGCUCCCUGGUUGGUGCUGGCUUCUUUCUCUGGCGCUUCAGAAAACGCUCCAAUGCGCAACCGCAAUACAACGCCAAUGCCGAGCGCUUUGGCAAGCCCAUGUCUCAAGAUUCAAUGUCAGAUUCGAGGUUCGACGGCGACUUCAUGGCUCAGAGACGCCAAAGCAACGGUAGCAUUGAUGAUGAUCACGACUUCUCCCGUCGGAUCCUACAGGUAAAACCCAAAGGCUCGAGUCCAAAGACGGUGGUGGCUGACCAGAUGACUGCAGGUGACAAAUCCCGACCGUCGUUAAUUCGACAUACCGUGACAAGAGCCCGGCCGUAUCAUAUCGGUCUCCAAAUCGAAUCAAUCCCAGCGAUUAUGUUCACCUCAAAACUCCUAUAA